CGACACACCGAGCAGACUGGUUUUGGUGCGUCCUGUAUGCAUCUGGAGACCUCCUGUCAUUAGACAACUGAAGCCUAGAGCUCAUUCAGCAUGUGUGCCUAUUGAUCGCGACGCGACGACUACCACUGCCUUCUAUGGCCGACUCUCCUAAAAUCAGCAUUAUCACGACCGACGAAACGGACGACAGCGGAAGCAACAGAGACAUCGAGGUGGGCAGCUCGCGUCCCCAGGCUCCUUCGGAGGCGACCAAACGACAUCCGCGCGAGUUAUUAUGGUGUAUCUACGCCAUAUUUGUACUGGUCCUGAGCAGUUUCGAUAAUCAGGCUGGCGGGGUCGUUCUUUCGAUCCCACAAUUUCGGAAAGACUUUGGCUCACCUUAUGAUGGCAAUUAUGUCUUGUCGGCCGAAUGGCAAUCUGCUUACAGCGGCGCACCGGUCCUCAGCUCGAUCGUUGGUCUACUAGUCUCUGGUUGGCUUGCGGACAAAAUUGGCAGGAAAUGGAUGUUCGCAAUUGGUUAUCUGAUUGUCUUCGUUUCCAUCACGAUCGAGACCUUGUCAACUUCAAACCUAGUCUUCUUUAUUGGCAAGUUUGUUGCUGGCUUUGCUAUAGGCGCCUUCACAACGACCGCUCUUACCUACCUAGGUGAAGUUGCUCCUCGUCCAGCGAGGGGCAUACUCACUGCAGCAGCCGGCAUGGCUUUGACAGUCGGUCCUUUCAUCGUGUCGAUUGUCGUUCGAGCUACAGGCGACGAACCAAAUCGGUGGGCCUACCGAUCAGUUUUCCUGGCCCAGUAUGGAUUCAGCGCGACAGGUGCCUUUCUUCUUCCAUGUAUGCCCGAGUCACCGUGGUGGCUGCUUAGUAAAGGCCGAAAACAUGAGGCUAGUGUUGCACUCUCUCAUUUCGGAUACACUGUCGACCAGGCACAGGAUUAUAUGACGGCUGCUAUUACAGCACUUGAUCACGCUAGAGAGGAAACCAAAGGUGCGACGUACCUUGAAUGCUUCCAGAAAACAAAUCUUCGACGGACCAUCAUUGCAGCGGCACCUCUAUCUAUUCAAGCUUUGAGUGGUCUGUUCUUUGUCUCAUCGUACUCGACUUAUUACCAGCAAUUGGCCGGGUACAACACCUCAACCACCUUCAGUCUCAACAUUGUUCAAAACAUACUUGCCAUGACGGGAAAUGCUUGCUCUUGGUUCUUGAUCGACCGGGUCGGUCGGAGGCCUUUGUCUUGCUAUGGCAUGUUACUUUUGACUGUUUUGCUCUUGCUCACAGGAGGGCUUGCUUGCAUCGGGACCAAGUCGGCCACAAAAGGGACAGUAGGCUUACUUCUGUUGUACAACUGGCUCUAUUCGAUCACGAUUGGAGCUACUGCCUAUCCUAUUUUGAUCGAAACACCCACAAGUCGAUUACGCACCAAGACAGCCGCAAUUGGACUGACGCUUCAAAACGGGCUCUUUGCAAUGUGGGCUUUUGUGAUCCCAUAUCUGUUCAACCCCGAUCAAGCAAAUCUUGGAGCUCGAGUUGCCUUUAUAUUUGGUGCUUUCGCAGUCGUGUCGACGAUUUAUCUAUGGUCGUGUCAGCCAGAAACUUCAGGCCGGUCAUUUGCAGAAUUGGAUGAGAUGUUUGUCAAGAAAGUGCCAGCACGGGGUUUUAAGGUGUACAAAACAGAAGCCGAGAAUGGUCUUCGUUUGAGCGUUCUCGCAGGUUAUAACGCGCCCAUGCCAUAAUAGCGAAUUUACGAUUAAAUGACCCAUACUCUGUUGAAUGUCGAUAAACCUGAC